AUGGGUUCCAAGGUCUCAAAGCCGGCUGAGCCAGAGCAAAAGUUGUACGCCGUCGCAACGCCGCAUCCCACUUUACAGUACAUUUACCCCGUCUACGCCUCACCAAUCGACUUGUCAAAAACAUCUUCAACAGAGAAGAAGGGUCGUAGCUCGCCUUUGACAUGGCGGAACGAAAAGUCAAAGGGGAAAAGAGAGAUACAGAUUAUCGACGAACCUGUGGAGCAUCUACAUCAAGAGCUACCGGUUGGCAUCAAUGAUGAUGGUGCUUGGUAUCAUUUCCACGUGGAUGCCGAUGGAGAUGUCGACUACAUAAGACCUGGUACCACCCUACCGACGGCGUUUCAGAAGAAUCAGGCAAUGUACCCGUCGUAUGUGGCUGACGAGUCGAUCGCACCCUCUAUGGCCGGCACACCCUAUCAAGAUUCCUACUACUCAUACUCUGCGGCACCGGCCUAUCAAGGAUAUCACCACCCUCAACCUCAACGCAUCUCCCAGUCCGAUGCGUACUCCGCCGGGUCCACCCCGUACCAUCCGCGGGCCAGGAGCGUCUCUCCAGUCCACUCACGCGCCAUGACGCCGACAAAUAUGCGUCCCAGGCGUGCGACGACACCCACGCCAAAGGGAUCCCGAACGCCCAUCUACGAGCCAGCACCACCGAUGCCACAAGAUAUCGUCUUGUUACCUCGCCGCGUGCCUCCAAGCUCCUUCAACGCCAAAUCGCUUCCAUCUGUACCUGCCUCGCGAGGUACGGAUGCGAGGGAGUACGCUAGACCACAAGCUAUCGAGUACCGAUCCGAGAGGCGAGCCGAUGGACGCGACAGAUCGCCCGACUAUAGUCGUACUGCUGCAUCUAGAACCCUCGCAUCUCAUCGCCCAUCCAUGGACGGAGACAACACGGCAGUCUCGUCACCGUAUCAUGGAAGCAAGGCCGUCGUUGUGAAGCCUACUCAUCCCAGACCUUAUAGCCCACCAGAUGAAGACGAAGAAGAAGAAGAAGACGAGGAGCCUCAUACCUAUCAUCACUCACGAUCGCCCAAUAAGCACCCAAGAGAUUAUUAUCCGUCGCCAAGUAGCCUGAACUCCGACCGCAGAGUCCAGACACGUCGAUACUGA